UUUUUUCUUUUUCCUUUUUUCUUUUUAGGAAAACGACGAGACCUCCGACGCAGAAUAGGUGGUGCCUGGGAUCGGCUGCUCGCGACACUUCCUUCGAUUUCGAUCCGCCUCGAGCAAUCGGAGCCCGAGGGUUUUCGAUCUUGGUCUCUCUAUCUCGAGGGUCACCCCCAUCCGUAAUCCCAGCGUCGCCUUGUCGCGGGACUGCCUGGCGAUCUACACCGGGGAACGCAAUGAAGGGGCUCUUCAAGUCGAAGCCGCGGACUCCCGCCGAGAUCGUGCGUCACACGCGGGAGCUCCUCAUCUACGUCGACCUCAACUCGAACUCCCGAGACACCAAGCGGGAGGAGAAGAUGGCAGAAUUAUGUAAAAAUAUCCGGGAGUUAAAAUCUAUUCUUUAUGGCAACAGUGACUCAGAGCCAGUGGCUGAAGCUUGUGCACAGUUGACUCAAGAGUUCUUCAGAGAGAAUACCUUGCGUCUAUUAAUUGUUUGUCUCCCAAAACUGAAUCUAGAGGCCCGAAAAGAUGCUACUCAAGUUGUCGCAAAUUUGCAAAGGCAACAAGUUCAUUCGCGGUUAAUUGCUUCUGAUUACUUGGAAGCUAACAAAGAUCUUCUGGACCUUUUAAUUUCUGGCUAUGAAGAUAUGGACAUUGCUCUGCAUUAUGGGGCCAUGCUAAGAGAAUGUAUUCGACAUCAAUGUAUAGCUAGGUAUGUUCUAGAGUCAGAACACAUGAAGAAGUUCUUUGAUUAUAUUCAACUUCCAAAUUUUGACAUUGCAUCGGAUGCCUCUGCAACAUUUAAGGAGCUUUUGACGCGGCAUAAAUCAACUGUAGCUGAAUUUCUUGCUAAGAAUUAUGAUUGGUUUUUCACUGAAUUCAACUCAAGGCUGCUGUCAUCCCCCAAUUACAUCACAAGAAGGCAAGCUAUCAAGCUUCUGGGAGAUAUGUUGCUAGACAGGUCAAAUUCUGCAGUUAUGAUACGCUAUGUUAGCUCAAAGGAUAAUCUUAUGAUUCUAAUGAAUCUUCUCAGGGAAUCAAGUAAGAAUAUCCAAAUAGAGGCAUUCCAUGUAUUUAAGUUAUUUGCUGCUAAUCAAAAUAAGCCACCUGAGAUCACAAGCAUAUUAGUCACAAACAAGGACAAGCUGCUCCGGUUUUUAAAGGACUUCAAGAUAGACAAAGAGGAUGAGCAAUUUGAAGCAGACAAAGCUCAAGUUGUGAAAGAGAUACAAGCACUUAAAAAAGAGAACACAUCAUAGUGGACUUUUUUAUAUGUUGUUGUAAAUUUAGAAUUCCUAUCUGGGAUUUCACUGUUUCCGGGGUCUUGGAUGUUAUGCAUGGACCGACUGUGUAUUUACCGAAAAUAUACACUAGCCUUAAAGUACAUGCAUUUUGAA